GAGAGAGAGAAAAAAGAUGCAAUUUUUAUGUGUAUGUUAUGUAUUAGUUUGUGUGUUUGUGUUCUUACAAUCCUCAAUCACUUCCUUCUCUCCUCAAUCAUUCAUUCCUCUUCGCUAAUUAAAUAAUUACAACUCUUUCUUCAUCUUCUUCUUUAAGCUUUUGUGUGUGUGUGUGUGUUGGGUAUGGCGGAGGAGGGUUUUGAAGUGUACCAUGUCCCACACCAGAGCUGCAGAGAUAAGCUUCGUGUGGGAAUUGCAAACAAUAAUCAUAAUUCUCACAUCGCCGCUGCUUUGCUUCCUUUAUAUCAUCCUCCUUCUUUGAUCUCCUCCCACUUUGAUUCCCACCCACUUCCUCAAAAUCCCUCUUUUCAUUACCCACCUCCUCCUCCUCCGCCCACCGCCGCCGCCACCUCCGCCCAUGUCCCCCCGCUCCUCCCUGACCAACCCUUGUCCCUUGACCUCAACCUCCAGCAGCGCUACGCCUCUGCCCUCCCUUUUGUUGGCUACUCCGCCUCCCUUUUGAAAGCCUCCAAAUUCUUGAAGCCCGCUCAGCAGCUGCUUCAUGACCUGUUUGACAACUCGCCGCCGGAUCCCCUCCUCCUUGACCCUCUUCUUGAAAGCUUGGCCGGUGAUAUUCCUGAUCCGAUUACCUCUACCGACGACGACGGCGGCGCCGACAGCCGGAGGAAAAAAUCCAGGCUUGUUACCAUGCUGGACGAGGUAUACAAAAGAUAUAAGCUUUACUAUCAACAGAUGCAAGCUGUGGUUACAACAUUUGAAUACGCUGCAGGGCUUGGCAAUGCAGCGCCCUACAUGAACUUGGCCGUAACAGCCAUGUUUAAGCAUUUCAAAUUCUUAAAGAACACCAUUGCCGACCAGCUCCAAUUCAACAAGAAGAAUCAGCAGCCUUACAACCCAUAUUGCCAAACAUCCAUUCACAACAACAAUAAUGCACCAUUCGUCAACCACCAACCCGUUUGGCGACCUCAAAGAGGCCUCCCGGAGAGCGCUGUCACUGUCCUCCGAGCGUGGCUCUUCGAACAUUUCCUUCAUCCCUAUCCUACUGACACGGAUAAGCUCAUGCUGGCUAGCCAAACUGGUCUCUCGCGAAGCCAGGUAUCAAAUUGGUUUAUAAAUGCAAGAGUGAGGCUUUGGAAGCCAAUGGUGGAAGAAAUCCACAUGCUAGAAACAAGGCAAGCUCGGAAAUCUCAUCAGAACAACGACAACGACGACAACAACGACAACAACGAUCAUAUUUCAUCCCACAACGGCAAUAAUAACAAUGCAUCUUCAUCACAUCAAGAUCACAACCAACUGAACUUGUCCAACUCCAAUUUCAUUCCGACCCACCACCCUCAUGUGGCUGCAGGAGCCGCCCAUAUGGGCGGUGGCGGGGGCGGGGGAAACGUUUCCUUAACUCUGGGGCUCCACCAGAAUUACGGCGGGAUCACUCUCACGGAACCGUUUCCGAUCAAUGCAGCUCAGCAUUUUAACUUUGGGUUAGAAGGCAAUGGUGAAGGGUUUGUAAAUGAGUGGUUUUAAUUGAUUUGUUGGCUGAGGAUGUUCGGUUUGGGACAUCAUGGGCAGCUAGGUUGUUUUGAUUCAGACAUUAUACUCAUAAAAUUUGAGCUACGUGUAAGAAUUUUAUAAUCCCAGAUGAAAUUGGA